AUGUCCCUGUUGCAGUCGGCACUGGACUUCCUGGCCGGUCCGGGGUCCCUGGGCGGGGCCGCCAGCCGCGACCACACAGACUUCGUGGGGCAGACCGUGGAGCUGGGCGACCUGAGGCUGCGGAUCAAGAGGGUCAUCGCCGAGGGUGGGUUUGCUUUUGUUUAUGAAGCUCAAGAUCUUGGAAGUGGUAAAGAUUAUGCUUUAAAGAGGCUGCUAUCCAACGAAGAGGAAAAGAACAAAGCAAUCAUUCAAGAAGUUUGUUUUAUGAAAAAACUUUCUGGACAUCCUAACAUUGUCCAGUUCUGCUCUGCUGCAUCAAUAGGAAAAGAAGAGUCUGAUACUGGACAAGCUGAGUUUCUUCUUCUCACUGAACUCUGCAGAGGGCAACUGGUCGAAUUCUUAAAGAAAGUUGAAUCCAAGGGCCCUCUCUCCUGUGACACGGUUUUGAAGAUAUUUUAUCAGACAUGCAGAGCAGUACAACAUAUGCAUAAACAGAAGCCCCCUAUUAUCCAUCGGGAUCUCAAGGUUGAAAAUAUGCUGAUUAGUAAUCAAGGAACAAUUAAACUGUGUGAUUUUGGCAGUGCUACGACCGUGUCACAUUAUCCUGAUUACAACUGGACUGCUCAGAAGAGAGCAAUGGUUGAAGAAGAGAUCACAAGAAAUACAACACCGAUGUACAGGACACCAGAAAUAAUUGACUUAUAUUCAAACUUUCCAAUUGGCGAAAAACAAGAUAUCUGGGCCUUGGGCUGUAUCCUAUACCUGUUGUGCUUCAGGCAGCAUCCUUUUGAAGAUGGAGCAAAACUUCGGAUAGUUAAUGGAAAAUAUUCAAUCCCACCAAAUGACACAAGAUACACAGUUUUUCAUGAUCUCAUUCGUUCCACAUUGAAGGUUAACCCAGAAGAAAGGUUGUCAAUCACAGAACUUGUAAAUCAGCUCCAGGAGAUAGCAGCUGCUAGAAAUGUGAAUCCAAAGUCACCUAUAACAGAGCUUCUGGAACACAAUGGCGGUUAUGGAAAUAAUAUGCAGCCUAGAGGUUCUCUCAAUUCAGUGCCACAAGGCACUAAAGCUGUGGGGCAGCUCAGCAAUGUGUAUAGUGCAGGCAUGACUGUUGCAGAGUGUGAUCAGUCCUAUAGCGGUUUCUUUGACAUACUUAGAGGAGGAACAGAACGAUUUUUUACUAACAUCAAAGAUACUUCUUCCAAAGUUAUCCAGUCUGUUGCUAAUUAUGCUAAAGGAGAUUUGGAUAUUUCUUACAUCACAUCCAGAAUUGCUGUGAUGUCAUUUCCAGCAGAAGGUGUAGAGUCUGCUCUCAAAAAUAACAUAGAAGAUGUGCGGUUGUUUUUAGACUCUAAGCAUCCUGGGCAUUAUGCUGUUUACAAUCUCUCUCCAAGAACAUACAGGCCUUCCAGAUUUCAUAAUCGGGUUUCAGAAUGUGGUUGGCCAGCAAGACGAGCACCAAACCUUCAAAAUCUUUAUAACAUCUGCAAGAAUAUGCAUUUAUGGCUAAAACAAGACCACAAAAAUGUUUGCAUCGUGCACUGCAUUGAUGGAAGAGCUGCAUCAGCUGUUGUUGUUUGCUCCUUUUUAUGUUUCUGUCGUCUUUUCACCACUGCUGAGGCUGCAGUUUAUAUGUUUAGUAUGAAACGCUGUCCACCUGGCAUCUGGCCAUCACAUAAAAGGUAUAUAGAGUACAUGUGUGACAUGAUGGCAGAAGAACCCAUUAUCCCCCAUAGUAAACCAAUCCUUAUUAAAGCAGUCGUGAUGACACCAGUGCCCCUGUUCAGCAAGCAGAGAAAUGGCUGUAGACCCUUUUGUGAAGUCUAUGUGGGAGAUGAACGAGUGACCACUACAUCUCAGGAGUAUGAUAAAAUGAAGGAUUUUAAAAUUGAGGAUGGCAAAGCAGUAAUUCCAUUGGGCAUAACAGUCCAGGGUGAUGUACUCAUUGUCAUUUAUCAUGCAAGAUCAACACUGGGAGGAAGAUUGCAAGCUAAGAUGGCUUCGAUGAAGAUGUUUCAGAUUCAGUUCCACACGGGCUUUGUGCCCCGAAAUGCUACAACUGUGAAGUUUGCCAAGUAUGAUCUGGAUGCAUGUGACAUUCAAGAGAAAUACCCUGAUUUAUUUCAAGUGAAUCUUGAAGUAGAAGUGGAACCCAGAGACAGGCCAAGUCUUGAGACUCCACCAUGGGAUAACUUAAAUAUGAAGGGACUGAAUCCAAAAAUUCUGUUUUCCAGCCGGGAGGAGCAGCAAGAUAUUUUGUCUAAAUUUGGCAAACCUGAGCUUCCUAGACAGCCUGGAUCCACAGCCCAGUAUGAGGCAGAAGCUUCCCAGCAGUCCCCUGAAAGUGUACCCACAGAGUCAGACUCACCACAGAGUAAUAGCACCGAGACAAACAACUUUUUUAAUACAUUGGACUGGCAAGAAGGAAAAGCGGCAGAACCUGGAGUAGAAAAUAACUUUCUUAAAGAAAACCAUGUUGUUCUGAAUGAAGACAGGGAUGGAAGUGAAUUGUCUGAUGAAGAACCUUCUACUUUCCCUGGGGAGAACAAAGUGAUUACUAUUGAAGAAGAAAAGUCAAGUGCCCCUGAAAAAGCAGAAGAUGAAAAUUUACUUUUUGAUACAGAUUAUGAACCCUCAGCCCAGCUGCAAGAGCCCCAGCAAGAAGACAGUGUUGAUUUGCUAGGCCUGGACUCUGAAGCUGAACCAGAGCAAAGCCAUACCUCCAAAGAAAUUCAAAGUUCCUCUAGCAAUGCUGAUUUGUUAAGCAAUCUGUUUGUUGCCGGUGCAACCAUUUCAGAAGAGCCUACAGGGGACUUGCUUGGGGCAGGGACAGAUUUCUUUUUCGGUAGCCCUCAUCCCCCUUCAGAUAAUGCACAGAGCACUUCACAAAAUGUAGCACUCUCCUCAGCUGCUGAUCCAUUCGAUCCAUUCACAAUGUCAUCCGGUUCUGAAACUCAGAGUCAUUCCAAUCCUGAUCUAUUUGAAGAUUUUCUUAAUUCCAGUUCUGCACCAGCCUCAUCCAGUAUGUUUCCUUCUACACACAGUGCACCUCCUCCUUCUUCCAGCUCUGACUUUUUACAUUUAGGAAAUUUGCCAACAGAGCAGCCUACCAAGAUGACUACUUCUGCCAGCCACCCUGAUCUCUUGGGAGGAUGGGACUCCUGGGCUGAUUCCUCCAGUAUUGGCAAUAUAACAUCAACACAACCUGCCAAAUCUGCAUGUGAAGGCUCAACUUUUUCUUCAGGAAGCCAGUCAAGUGUUACCCCUGGCUCAUCUGUCAGCCAAACUAAACCUCAGAACUUUGAUCCCUUUGCUGACCUUGCUAACCUCAGUUCAGGUAUUCAAGGUCCUUCUUGUGGAUUUUCUCCUGGUGGAUUUGCCUCAAAAGCAGCUCAGUCUUCAAAAGGAGGGAGCCCAUGGCAGACAAAGCCCCCAAACUAUGGUCCAUCAUGGCCAUCCCAGGCAAAAUCACAGCAAACCAAAUCUAGUCCACAGACAAAACCUAAUUAUUCUGUGAAAUUCAGUGUUAUUGGAGGACGAGAAGAGAGAGGCAUUAGAGCUCCCAGUUUUGCUCAAAAGCCAAAAGUUUCUGAAAAUGAUUUUGAGGAUCUGUUACCCAAUCAAGGAUUUUCAUCGAAAUCAGAUAAAAAAGGACCAAAGACGAUUGCUGAGAUGAGGAAGCAAGAGAUGUCUAAAGAUAUGGAUCCUCUUAAGCUAAAGCUUCUUGAUUGGAUCGAAGGAAAAGAGAGGAAUAUAAGAGCUCUGAUUUCCACGCUGCACAUGGUGCUUUGGGAGGGAGAAAGCAGGUGGAAACCAGUUGGCAUGGCAGACCUGGUGACUCCUGAGCAGGUGAAGAAGUACUACCGAAAAGCUGUGCUGGUGGUUCAUCCAGACAAGGCCGCCGGGCAGCCCUAUGAGCAGUAUGCCAAAAUGAUCUUCAUGGAGUUAAAUGAUGCCUGGUCAGAGUUUGAAAAUCAGGGAUCCAAAUCCCUAUUUUAAGACCUCAGUUUUUGGGAUUUUCAAAAUGCAUUGGCAGCAGAAUGGCGUCUGAAGGUGUUGUUUGUUGGACUUAAUGUUCCUAGAAUUUGAGAGAGAGUUUCAUGAGCUCAUCCCCAAGUUUGAAAUUCUACUCUUGUAGAUGGGGUGUAUUGUAAAAUGGAAAUCAGCGAAAGCCUCUCGCCAUGUCACAAUCAUAGCCCACAACGAACCUCUUUUCCCACUUGGUUUGAUUAUGAAACACAUACAGAUCUAAUGACGUCCACAUUGGGGGUGCAGUGGUGUAAGAAGAGCGAGCCAUUCCCAAACCACCAAUAUUGGUUGUUUUUUGCCCAAAAGGAAGACAACUCUGAUUUGUGCUUCUGUUAUGUUUCCCUAGUUUGUGAUUUGAUUUUGAUGUUUAGUGCCUCUCACCUCAGUCCAAGCUCCUUAGUGCAAUGAGAAACCGUGAAUUUGCUAAGCACAGCAUUGUUACCUGACUCUAUAGAAGGUGUACAUUUACAUCUGUAUUUUGUGUAAUCAUCCUGAUAAUCACUUUUGUAUAUAAUUAAAAUGUUUUCUGA